CAAACUAAACAAACGCAUGUCGGCGAAGUUCGGUUUAAUAACGCUGCUCUGCCUAACGGUGGUAGCGCUAGAGACGUGUACCGCUGAACGCGUACGCUAUGACAAUUAUCGGGUGUACAAAGUCCAGGCGACCGAUCGCCAAGGCUUGGAAGUGCUCAAACAAAUGGAGGACACAGACAUGACUCUACGCUUCUUAGAUGGCGUGCACAAAAUCGAGCGCGCAAUAAAUGUGGUGGUACCGCCAAAUAAGGUGGCCGAUUUCCUUCCCAUUUUGACCAACAACAAAAUUACAUAUAGUCUUUUGGAGGCGAAUCUACAAAACGCCAUAGACAAGGAUUAUGCGCAGCUUGCGAACCGCGCUACCACGGACCGUUGGACCGCAUAUCAAACUUUGAAUAGCAAUUAUAAUUGGCUGAUAACUUUACCAUCGUUAUACCCCGGUGUGGUGACACUGAUUGAGGGUGGUAAAUCGUAUGAGAAACGUUCGAUUUUGGGCGUAAAAAUAUCCUAUCAGAAUGCAUUGAAGCAGAAACCGGGUAUUUUCUUGGAAGCCGGCAUACACGCACGCGAAUGGAUUGCGCCUGCGACAGCAACAUAUAUUAUCAAUGAACUUUUGACAAGCAAUAAUACGGAAAUUCGUGAGUUGGCGGAGAGCUACGAUUGGUAUAUCUUACCUCAUGCCAAUCCCGACGGUUAUGCGUACACACAUACCACCGAUCGAAUGUGGCGUAAAACGCGUCAACCAUACGGUACCUGCGUCGGUGCAGAUCCCAAUCGUAAUUGGGAUGCUUAUUGGAAUACUGUAGGCGCUAGCAGUAAUCCCUGCAGUGAAACAUAUGCCGGACGUGCAGCGAAUUCCGAAAUUGAAGUCAAAUCGUUGUCCAAUUAUAUUACUUCGUUGAAGGAUAAAAUCCAAUUGUAUAUCUCAUUCCACUCCUACUCGCAGUAUUUGCUCUAUCCGAAUGGACAUACCUCCGAACUGCCCGAUAACGUUAAACACUACCAACAAGUUUAUAAUGCCACCGUAAAGGCGAUAAGUCAACGUUAUGAAACUGUCUACACUGGCGGUAAUAUUUAUGAUGCCAUCUACCCGGCAGCAGGUUCAAGUGUGGAUUUUGCUUACACCAAAUUGGGCAUACGUAUGGCUUUCUGCUUUGAAUUGCGUCCGAAUGGUAGCUUCAAUGGCAAUGGCAUGGAAUUGCCCGCCGAGCAAAUAAAACCAACCGCUGAGGAGCUUGUCGACGGUUUGCUGGCUAUGGUGGCGGAAGUCAAGUCUUUGGGCUAUUUCGAACUAAUUAAUGGCGAAGAAGUUGAGUUUUUGUAAAGUGUAAACUAAAUAAGCGCUAAUAAAUGAUAAUGCUUGAUAAUAAUGAA